CCCUCUGUCUCUCCAUAUAACUACCUGACCGAAAACCCUAGGAGUUGGGUUUUUUCUCUCUACCCCCACCCGCGCCCGUUCCCACCCAAAUUCCCAUCAAAACCCUCCAAAUCCCCAAUUCAAACGCACAAACCCUAGCCCAAUUGCACCCACAAAGAUCAAUGGAGGUGAUCGAACAAAGCAAAGAGAUGAUGGAGCUCGACCCUAAAACCAGCAGCAACAACGUUAUGUGUCAGUUAACGGACCCAGAGGGGCAGCCUCUCGGAGCUCCGUUAUACCUCCCUCAAUCCGCAGGCCCGCCCCAGCUUCAACAGCUUGUCAACCAGCUUCUCUGCAAUGAGGAAAGGUUGCCUUAUGCAUUUUACAUAUCAGAUCAGGAGCUUGUUGUUCAGCUUGGCAGUUACCUUCAGAAGAACAAAGUAUCGGUGGAGAAGGUACUUUGUAUUGUGUACCAACCUCAAGCAAUCUUCAGAAUUCGUCCUGUCAAUCGAUGCUCUGCAACUAUUGCAGGUCAUACAGAAGCUGUACUUUCUGUUUCCUUCAGCCCUGAUGGUAAGCACUUGGCCAGCGGCUCUGGAGAUACCACAGUUCGAUUAUGGGAUCUUACUACACAGACACCUUUGUUCACAUGCACAGGACAUAAAAAUUGGGUUCUGUAUAUUGCAUGGUCGCCGGAUGGCAAACAUCUAGCGAGUGGUAGCAAAUCUGGGGAACUUUUAACAUGGGAUCCACAAACUGGGAAGCUGUCUGGCAAGCCUCUUAUGGGUCACAAGAAGUGGAUUACUGGUAUUUCUUGGGAGCCCAUACAUUUGACAGCUCCAUGUCGUCGUUUUGUUAGUUCCAGUAAGGAUGGUGAUGCUCGUAUCUGGGAUACUACAUUGAGAAGGUGCCUUCAUUGCCUUAGUGGUCACACCAAGACCGUCACCUGUGUGAAGUGGGGUGGUGAUGGAAUGAUAUACACAGGCUCACAGGACUGCACAAUCAAAAUAUGGACUUCCGAAGGAAAGUUGAUCCGUGAGUUGAAGAAUCAUGCACAUUGGGUGAAUUCACUUGCUUUAAGCACCGAAUAUACUCUUCGUACUGGCGCAUUUGAUCAUACUGGACGGACAUAUUCAUCCCCGGAAGAAAUGAAAGAGGCAGCUCUUGCAAAAUACAACAAAAUGAAAGGCAAUGCUCCUGAAAGACUGGUCUCCGGGUCUGAUGAUUUUCAUUUGUAUUUGUGGGAACCUCUCACUAGCAAGCAGCCGAAGGCUCAUUUAACUGGCCACCAACAGCUUGUAAACCAUGUGUACUUCUCCCCAGAUGGGCAAUGGGUGGCAAGUGCUUCAUUUGAUAAAUCUGUUAAGCUGUGGAAUGGGAUUACAGGGAAUUUUGUUGCAUCUUUCAGAGGUCAUGUUGGUCCUGUAUAUCAAAUCAGCUGGUCUGCUGAUAGCAGGCUUCUAUUAAGUGGAAGCAAGGAUUCCACAUUAAAGGUAUGGGAUAUCCGAACAAAAAAACUUAAACAAGACCUUCCUGGCCAUGCAGAUGAGGUGUUUGCUGUGGAUUGGAGUCCUGAUGGUGAGAAAGUAGCAUCUGGAGGCAAGGAUAGGGUGCUUAAGUUAUGGAUGAACUAGCUAUUCUGCCCGAUCAAAUGCUAAGCGCACGAAAAUUCCAAGUUGUCUACAUUCCUAUAAUCAGCAGGGGCUAGUGGCAAGCCAAGUGCUGAAAGUAGGAUUGGUUGAGCGAACGCUGGAGUAUAUUAUGUUCAAGUAACUCGCCAUCAGAUGGGAGUGCUCUUUGGAGUAUUUUUGUAUGCUAGAGGAAAAAAUCGAAGUAUUUAUUUGCAAACACAUGUUUGGGGAUCAGAUUAUUGAUGCUUUUCUUUUGUACGUCUACAUUUUUUGGAGUUGGAAAAAUCAAUUUUCAUCUAGGAAUGUUUUCCUUUUGAAGCAUUUUAUGUAAUAUAUGUUGGCAAAAUGCCCGAUGUUGUGCAGGUUCUUCAGCGCAAGCUCUUUGCAUUAGCUUUUAGUAUGACACUCAUUAAGUAUUUGAUUCCAAUAAAUCUAAUUAUGAUUAUCGUA